CGUUUUGCGUUGGUUGUGGUUAUUUUUGGUGUGUCACAUAAUUGAGCUUUGUGACUUUUAGCCAAGAAAUAUUAACACUGACUUACAGUAGGUCAGCCUGUUGCCGUUGACAAAUGAAUCACCUUUGUUGUCCACAUUGUCCUCGCCAUGCGUGUUGUUGACAGCAAAGUUUGAUGGACGUGUUUGUCAGCCAUUCUAUGCCACUGUCUUAUGUCACCGCAGAGUCAGCGUCCAAUCAUAAGGUGCAAGAGGCGGGAUCACGGAGAAGAGAGACUUCAGCGCAGUAGGGCAGGAAGGCAGUUGAGCUGUCAUCAGCGUAGUGAGAGUUGUGUGAUACAGAGCAGCUGGAACUGUCAUAAUUGACUAUAAUGGAGAAAAAUGGAAACAUCGUGGGAUGAGAUUACUGAAUACACCUACACAAUGUGGACUGGAUGCAACAAUGCCACAUCCUUUUGACUGCAGAGGUCGGAAUUUUCUGGAUACAACGCAGUGAAGUUGCAGGAACCUUUAUCAUCCUGGACUAAAGAAAGACAAGGGGGCCUGAAAUUACACCGACGUCGUCGGUUCAAGUUGAGCUACGGUCUGCAAUAACUAAGUUAGCAUUGAGCUUGCUGUGAAAUAUCAUGUGUUUUAUUCCACCGGGAAGUUAGUUUGUAAAGAGUAACACGGAGCUGUAUAUGGUGGUGUGUAACGUGGCCUAACGUAAAUUUUUCCAGUGACUGCGUUUCCAAAUAAUUGUUGUUUUACGUGGCUUUGGUAACGUUAGCAGCAGUGGUAAUAGCCAAGCUAACUGGCGUAGGGCUAGCUUGUUGUUCGUCCUGCUAAGUUAGCCAGAAGGCUUCUCUUAAAAAGGAACAAAACGAGACCAGCGCCCUCCAGUUCUGGUGGGUAAUUAGCAUACUCGAAAACAUAUCUCGGCCGAGAUACCUGCAUAUAAGAUUGGCAAAGUGGCAAUUGCCACCAAGCUUAUUAAAAAUAUCAUUUCAGAAGCAUGUUCUCUAGCCCACAAGCCCCUUCUGGAUACAGCAUGCGCUACACUUUGAUUAGUGGUGUUUUUAAUCUUUAAUAGAUGUUAAUCUCAUUAAGAUACAGAAUAUUUGACUCAAAAAGGACUCCGUCAUUAGUUGGAAAGGCAGUACUUGUUGUUUACAUUAGGUGAAGUUUGUUUUUUCAGAGUAAGCACCACCUGAAGUCAAAUUAUUACUUUACUUAAAUGUUAGUAAUAAGGAUGUGUUGCUUUUCACAACCACAUUUUUGGCACACAUCUUGUUUAUCAAGUAGGGCCUUCUUGUGAGACUGUUAACACAAACAGGCAAAACAAGGACUUUAAGCUGGUGGACCCCUAUUCACUAAUUCAAGGCAUAACAGACAUUGCCUUUGUUUUGAUCCAAGUGAAAAGCAAAACACACAAGAGGGUUAGUUGGUUUCCAAUUCCCGUCUUCAGCUUUCAUCGCCCCUGGGUUCAGAUGUGAGACACCAUGGGCAGCCAGGGCAGCCCCGUGAAAAGCUACGACUACCUGCUCAAGUUCCUCCUGGUUGGAGACAGCGAUGUGGGCAAAGGAGAGAUCCUGGACAGCCUGCAGGAUGGCUCGGCUGAGUCCCCAUACGCUUACAGCAGCGGUAUUGACUAUAAAACCACCACCAUUCUUCUGGAUGGGAGGAGAGUGAAGCUGGAGCUUUGGGACACCUCAGGACAGGGGAGGUUCUGCACCAUCUUUCGCUCUUAUUCCCGCGGGGCUCAGGGGAUCCUGCUGGUUUAUGACAUCACCAACCGGUGGUCAUUUGAUGGAAUCGAUAGGUGGAUCAGAGAGAUUGAUGAGCACGCACCAGGGGUGCCUCGAAUCCUUGUAGGUAACCGGCUACAUUUAGCCUUCAAACGGCAAGUUCCUACUGAGCAGGCGAGGGCGUAUGCUGAGAAGAAUGGUAUGACUUUCUUUGAGGUGAGCCCUCUGUGCAACUUCAACGUCAUCGAGUCCUUCACUGAGCUGUCACGCAUCGUCUUGAUGAGGCACGGCAUGGAGAAGUUCUGGAGGCCCAACCGAGUCUUCAGCCUCCAGGACCUCUGCUGCAGAGCCAUUGUGUCGUGCACACCAGUUCACCUCAUUGAUAAGCUCCCACUGCCCGUUGCCAUCAAGUCCCACCUCAAAUCCUUCUCCAUGGCCAAUGGCAUGAACGCCGUCAUGAUGCACGGACGCUCCUACUCUCUGGCCAACCCGGCUGGUGGUUCCAAGGGCAACAGCCUGAAGCGUUCCAAGUCCAUCCGUCCACCACAGAGCCCUCCCCAGAAUUGCACCCGCAACAACUGUAAAAUUUCCUAAUUAACAGCUCUGUUGGGUGACGAGGAAUGAUGGACAGCAUGGGAUCAGGAGAUGAAUGUACAGGAUGUUAUUAGUUGGUGGAAAUGAGCACAUC